AACAAGACCUGUGUGUGUUUCAACUGAGGCAGAAGUUUUAGCAGGACGGAGAGUUUUUCAGGGAAGCGGGACCAGCAGCGGUCAGGUUUUUAUCCCCGGUCAGAGACCCGCAGACCAAGACAUCUGUCAAUGAUGUUUGACAAACAGCAUUAUGAUAGCCCGCCGGUCUACAGCCCUCCUUUCACCGCACCUUCCAACAACGGCUAUGGUCCACCAGGCAGCUUCCACGGCCCCCAGAGUGACUACAACGCAUACCCGCCUCCACCGGGAUCUUACUACAUUGAGGACAAGCCGCAGCACUUCUACAAAUGGCUGUCGCCUCCAGGGAUCGUCAAAGCCAUGAUGGCUACCGUGAUCUUGCUGUGUCUGGCGAUUUUUGCCUGUGUGGCUUCCACACUCAUGUGGGACAUACAGUAUGGAUAUGGCGCGGGAUUGGGCUAUGGUGCUGGUAUAGGCUAUGGCAGCGGAUACGUUGGUGGCAGCUAUGGCUCAGGCUUUGGUAGUUAUGGAGGCUAUGGGAACUAUGGGAACUAUGGCUCCUACAUUUCUCCAUACUCGGCCAAAACAGCCAUGAUUGCCAUAGUAGCCAUUAACUUCGCAGGGUCCCUGGGCUUCUUCAUCGCCAGUUUUUCUAAAUCCAACAUGUUCCGCAGCAGGAAGUUCUUCCUGGCCAUCCUGAUAAGCACUAUCAUCAUGGCCAUUCUGCAGGGCAUCAUAAACAUUGUAUACAUUGUUGGAGUGAACCCAAUGGCGCAGAGUUCCUCCAGCAUCAUAUACAAUCCGCUGCUCGCGUUGUGCCAGAGCCUGCACCAGAACAGCUACUCCCAGAUGGGAGGAGUGGGAGGCUUCCCCUAUUACAAUCAGUAUCUGUACCAUUACUGCUUUGUGGAUCCACAAGAGGGAGUUGCUAUGGUGUGUGGAUUCCUGGUGGUCAUUGCCUUCGGUGUUGCUGCCUUCUUUGCGCAACGAACGAGAGGGAAGAUCUGGCGUUACGGGAAGCCAAACAUUUACUGGGACGAACCGCUCGUUGGUGGGAAGGCCUCAGAGGGCAGAGAUGUUGAAGAAUGGGUGAACAAUGUAGAGGAAAGUCGCAGCGUUCAGGAUGCCCCGACCCUGCUGGUUUCAGAGAAGGGAGGCGGUCUGCUCAACGCCUCGGCCAACAGUGUUAUCUCCUACCCCCCUGCCAAGGUGGACAGCAGCUCCUACAAUGGAGAUGCCUUUGACAACAAUGAAAGAUACCCAGAGAGAACAACUACUCGUCCAUUGGAAGUUUUUUCUCACGGUGGAGGGACGAGCUCCAGCCCUUCAGAGGAGACGGGCGGUGGCCGCAAGCCGUCAGCCCACAGGGGCAAAAGACGCCGGCGUAACCCGGAGCUGGAUGAGUCUCAGUAUGAAACGGAGUACACCACGGGCGGAGAGACGGGCAAUGAGCUGGAUAGCGAUGAACUGGAGAGUGUGUAUCCAGAGAUAACUUCAGAUGCGCAGCGCCAUGAAUAUAAGAGAGAAUUUGAUGCCGAUCUUUGGGAGUACAAGCGCCUGUGUGCUGAAAUGGACGACAUCAAUGAUCAAUUGAACAAACUCAGCCGGCAGCUGGACACACUGGACGAGACUUCUGUCAAAUACCAGACUGUGGCAGAGGAAUAUAAUCAGCUGAAAGAUUUGAAACAGACGUCAGACUACCAGUCUAAGAAGAAAAAGUGUCGCAGGCUGAGACACAAAUUGUUCCACAUCAAGCGCAUGGUGAAGGACUACGAUAAGAACCACUGAAGGAUCUCCUCAGUCCAGACUCACCUCUGUGGUUGACACAGAGAACACUCACAAACAGGGGCCAAGAUACACUCCGAAAUGCUACCGAGACUCUGACACACUGAGACCAAAGUUCCUUACAGAACCACACACACACACACACACACACACACACACACACACACACGGAACACGCUGUAAGCUAAUAACGGUAAUGUCUACUUGUUUCCUGCUCUGAUCGUUUACAUAUAAUCACCAUGAUUUUGGUAGCUCCUGAAAACGAGCCUCGCUCGCAGCUCCUUCUAGAGGAAUCUCUACAGUUUCCCGGAAGGGUAUGCCUUUUAUUUCAUGUCAGCAUCUGCAGGUGUGGCUGAAGAAAGGUUGUUUAAACAUCACCUGAUCUUCGGUCACACAUGAUAGCCCUGUGCUCGCUUUCAGUGACUCUGUUAACUCGUUGGAUUCGGGAACUUUUCUUUGUUUUAUCUCACUAUAGAUAAGAGAUGGAGCAGUAUUGUAGAGAACAUCGUGGGAGGUGAGGCAGCAAAUUUUCUGUCUCUUCAACACUUGGCAUGGUGUUAUCUUUGUCUGAAAAUGAUCCCGUGUUCAGUUUUUCUCACACUUGUGUCAGUGUAAGCACCUCAAACAUCUGUCUCUGAGGUUAACCGUUUCUAAUGGGACCAUGUGUUUUUUGUUUUUGUUCUACUGGCUCAGUAUCUUCUUAAAGAUUUUUGUUUUGAUUUGGUACAAAUGCAAUGAGACCAAAAGCAGACACACUAGCCAAUUAAAUGUGUAGCGUCAUGAUAAUGUACAUAUUUAUGAACGACUCUGUUUAUACUGCAUACCAAAAACAAAUGUAGACUUUACCGAGUUAGAGUAGUUCAUGAGAUUCUUUAGCAGUUGUACUCACCGAAUACAAUAAAUAACUUGUUUUUAAAUCAUUGAUCAUUCAAAAUGUGCUUAGGUCUAUGCAAGUUAGUAAUUUAGUAGAUUUAGCCAAAGUAGAGUUUUUUUUUUUUAUCAAUACACUCCUCAACAAACUGUCAUGCAUUCCUGUAUCUAUGUUAAGGUAUUUUUACAUUUUUUUU